GAGCAGUCCGCGUUGCGCACCAUCUACGAGGAUGAUUCAUCUGUAAAAGCUUUUCCUCACUCCUACACAUCAGUAUAAAUGGUUUUGAGGAAAAGAGGGAAAUACUAUACUUAGAAAAGGCUCAGGGAGGUUGGGACAAAUCUUUUUUUUUUUUUGUUGUUCUUUUGGAACCCAGUGAGCUGAAUCUCAAGGCAGACAGGGUGAAAGGACUUGGAGAUCCCUCCAAAUUGUCUGACAGGCAUUAUUGGAAAGACAAGACUCAGAGAGAAAGGAAAGGGUGAAGAGAGAGGGAGAGAAGCAGUCCUCUCCCUCUCCCAGUAAAUGGCAGAGCAAGUCUAAAUUAUGUUGCUUAUCACUGCUGUUUUGCUGUGAUGUUGCUCAGGCAGAGCCCGGUGCAGAGCAGGCAGCUGUUCAGACCAGUACUCAGAUCCAGGAUUUACCCAGCCUCCUCAGAGCUGGAGACCCUUUCCCUGCCACGACUCUCGUCCUCACCCCGUGAUCCCCUCAUGUACCCUGAAGAAAGCCGGGGUUCUGGUGGGGUAGCUGCUGUGGACUUCCUGGAAGGGACGUUCGACUAUGCUGCUCCCACCCCUGCCCCAACUCCUCUUUACAGCCAGUCCACCACUGACUACUUCUCUGCUCCUCUGGACACCCACGGACCCCCCUCUGAUGGCAGUCUUCAGUCUCUGGGCAGUGGACCGACCAGUCCUCUGGUGUUUGUGCCCUCCAGCCCCAGGCUCAGCCCAUUCAUGCUCGCACCUAGUCACCACUAUCUGGAAACCACCUCAACACCCGUCUACAGAUCCAACCUACAGCCCGCCUCCAGAGAGGACCAGGGUGACGCCCGUGAUGAGGCAUGCGGUGUGAGGGAGCUGGCAGGUGGAUCAGGAGCUGGGGGGUUUGAGAUGGCCAAAGACACACGUUUCUGCGCUGUCUGCAGUGACUACGCCUCUGGGUACCACUAUGGGGUGUGGUCCUGCGAGGGCUGCAAGGCCUUCUUCAAGAGGAGCAUCCAAGGUCACAAUGACUAUAUGUGCCCAGCAACAAAUCAGUGUACUAUUGACAGAAAUCGGAGGAAGAGCUGUCAAGCUUGCCGUCUUAGGAAAUGUUAUGAAGUGGGCAUGAUGAAAGGAGGUGUGCGAAAAGAUCGUGGCCGCAUUUUGAGGCGUGACAAGCGACGGACUGGAAUCGGCGACAAAGUUUCAAAAGGCCAAGAGUACAAAACAGUUUUGCAUCACGAGGGAAAGAAACGCAGCAGCACUGGCGGAGGAGGAGGAGGAGGAGGAGGAAGAUCUUCAGUAACUAGCAUGCCUCCUGAGCAGGUGCUGCUCUUGCUCCAGGGCGCUGAGCCCCCGAUACUCUGCUCCCGCCAGAAGCUGAGCAGGCCCUACACAGAGGUCACCAUGAUGACUCUCCUCACCAGCAUGGCCGACAAAGAGUUGGUUCACAUGAUCGCCUGGGCCAAGAAGCUCCCAGGUUUUCUGCAGCUGUCCCUCCAUGAUCAGGUUCUGCUGCUGGAGAGCUCAUGGCUGGAGGUGCUUAUGAUCGGCCUUAUUUGGAGGUCCAUCCACUGCCCCGGCAAGCUCAUAUUUGCACAGGAUCUCAUACUGGACAGGAGUGAGGGAGACUGUGUUGAGGGCAUGACGGAGAUCUUCGACAUGUUGCUGGCCACUGCAUCCCGCUUCCGCAUGCUGAAUCUCAAACCUGAGGAAUUUGUCUGCCUUAAAGCUAUCAUCUUACUCAACUCUGGUGCCUUUUCUUUCUGCACUGGCACAAUGGAGCCCCUUCAUGACAGCGUGGCAGUUCAGAGCAUGCUUGACACCAUCACCGACGCGCUCAUACAUCAUAUCAGCCGAUCAGGAUAUUCGGCUCAGCAGCAGGCGAGACGGCAGGCCCAGCUGCUCCUGCUGCUCUCUCACAUCAGGCACAUGAGCAACAAAGGCAUGGAGCACCUCUACAGCAUGAAGUGCAAGAACAAAGUUCCUCUGUACGACCUGCUGCUGGAGAUGCUCGAUGCCCACCGCCUCCACCGCCCCGUUAAAUCACCUCAGUCCUUGUCGCAGGCCGAGGGAGACCCUCCCUCUGCCUGCAGCUUCGGGGGUCCGGGCCCGGGCCUGGAGGCGGCACCGAGGGUCCGGACGGAGCUGCCGCAGCUCCAAGUGUCCGGCACCACGGAGGCUCCAGAUCUGACUCCAGGCACACCCUAUGAAACCAACCACAUGCAGCACGUGAAGGUCACACGGGAAGUUUGUGGACAAAGGGAUACGUUUGGGAAUUGAAGUUGAAGGUUAUAUUUGAUUUAAUUUCAUUGAAGAAUUAUUUAUAAAUAAGAUAAAGGGAUUUUAUAUCUAAUAUAGCAAAUUUCUCCUUUUGAACUGCACUGAAUUAAUUUAAGCUGAUCUUAAAAUGCAGUUCAUUAUUGUUUUGCUGACUUUCAUAAUAUCUGCAAUUCUAAAUUGGUCUGUAGGAGCUUUUUCAGAACCACCUUUUUCUUUCUUCCAUAUAACGCUUGUUAGAUCACAAUGUUGCAUCCCGUUAGCAUGACGAGCAGCUACUUUUUCUGUGUAUUUGUUGUAACCAAAGUGCACUUCCUCUCGGAUUAAAGGGGCUAAUGGGCAUUAUUUUCACCUUUGCAUAAAAGACUAAAUGGUCAUUAAAGACUAAACAUCAGGUAUUGUGUACUUUUGCUUACACAGGCAAUUUUAGAAUUAUUAGAAGGAAAAUUAAUAACAUCCUGAAAUGAGUUGUGCCUGAGAUUUGAUGAAGUUUGAAUUGUUGCAUAAAAGAAAAAAGCGAGAUGUUAAUAUAAGAAUGCUGAGGACAUGAUACAGAAAGCCAAGAUCAAUUGCUGGGUUACUUUGUUAUUCAAAGAUAUCUUUGCUUGUUUUCAGCAUUUCUUUCUCUGAUUUUGUUUGCUAAUUGUGUGUUUUUAAGUGUGUCCAUGUAUGUGUUUGUUUAUUACCGAGAGAUUGGGAGCAUGACUUGAUUUGUUGCAUAGAUUUGUCUUGAUGUUCAAGUUCAGUGUUUAAGCUUCAUCAAAACCACUACUUGUUACUUGUCGUCCACUAAUUUAGUGACUGCACGUCGACUUUGGCAGAAUUUGGUCGUCCAUGAACCCAAAUUGCACAACUCGUAUGCAAUUGUUUUUAUCUCUGAAGUGGAUUUGGCUAAAGACAGAAGAUAGGGGUGUUAUCAGAUGUUUUCUUUCUUAGUUCCUGUAUUACUGUGACUGCAUAAGUGAUUAAAAAACUAAAAUCUACAAGAUUGAAAGUGAAACUCAAACACGAUAAAUUUGAUCCACAAAAUAUAAAACAGAAAUCCUCAAAGCUAAUACAGUUAAGUUUAAGUAUUACACCUCACAUUUAUAGUAGCUCCGGUGGUGCAGUCGGUCAUUUUCACAAACAUGGACUUAAAUAUGAAUUA